UAUAUUCCCUUUGUCUCCAGUAUUUUUAUCGAUUUCUCUACUGCGUUGCCUUCUAAUUAGGUAGAAGACUACCUAGGUACCUAAGUCUUAAUUAGUAUUAAAUAUCUCGUUCCACUUAACCAUCAACGAGCUUUCUUACCUAUCCGCCCAUACGCAGGGACGUUGAAGAUAGAACAUGAAGAUCUUAGUGGCUGUGCUAUGGGUCCCAACAACAUUAUCGAGGAAUAUAAACCACAUCAAUUUGGUCGUCUGAAGUCCAUCUCGAGGUGUACUGAAUAACCCAUAACAUUUUCAUUCAUUUACACCAAACAUGUCAUUAGAGAAGAUUGAGAUCCCCGUUCCGCGUCUUCGCCGACGAGCGGGCGGCAUUACCCUCCUUAUUAGUCUAGCCGUCGUUGUCGUAUUGUCCGCAAAGAUUCUGUACGAACACAUAUACAUAUUGAAAUGGAUAGAGCAACAUGACGUGGGAAACACUGCUGGGUUCAAAUUUUGGUCUUGGGGCAAUGAUCGGGUCGACCAGCUAGCUUGGUUGCCCCAGCUAUUGUACCGAGGUCCUCACCACCAACUAGCUAUUGCGGCAUCCGCCGUAGGUAUUGCUGCCAGUUUACUGGUAUUUGGACUAUUCUACGCCAGCGUUUCUCUCAAAAAGAACUUCGGACAGCACUGGAUUCUUAUCCUCAUCUGGAUUCCGACUCUCACCCUAUUCACCACAGCACUCCUUUAUAACUUUAUCGAGCAUGGGACUACAGGUCGCAUCAAUACGUGGACCUUAUACCGGAAAGGUUCGCCCGACGCUUACAACGAGUACGUUCAUGGGUGGUUAGACUUUGAGAGCUGGAGUUGUGGUCUUCGUGAAGCAACUUCAUCCAUUCAAAAUGAGACGCUGCCGUGGAAGGAUACCUGCUAUCGGUCAGAACUCGGUCGAUGGCUUCUCUUACCCGCUUGGUUUGCCAUUUGCGGGGCGAUUCUUGUUUCUUGGUUCGCGUUUCGCGGACUCCCUGGCUGGAGGGGUAACGAUGUCGACGAGAAUGAAGUUGAAGGCGAUGAGGGUAGAGUUAGGCUCUUGUGAGUUCCGCUUUGAUAUCCUUUCUGGUGUAUGCUUUGAAGCCAGAUUGCGACUUAUAAGCUGCCAUGCCUCACCCUACGUAAACGAUAGAGAAGGAGCGCAGAGGGGAAGGGUAAGAAUACGGAAAUACGGAACAGGCCUACUUUACCUAAUGCGACCGAGAGAUUAAGCCACU